UGCAAACUAGCUAAAGGUGCUAGUAGAGAAAGUUGAAGCAUCGUAGCGGCCCGUCACCACUACGUCCGGAUCCGAACCGUUUGGCUGAGCGAGACACUUCCGUGUCCCUUGCCGCUCUGGUCUUGCUAACUAGCCCCGGUCCUCCCCGACUCUCCGCUGAGCCAAUGAUAAAGUGUGGCGAUUCGAUCAUUGUGCUCACCACACUGUAAAAAGUUUGAUCAACUUUCGACUAGCGAUUUUGACUGUUCAGCCGUGACCAUGGCAGAGCCCGGUGACACACCCACCAAAACAGGAAAUGAAGAACAGUCAGCAACAGCCAAUGUCAAUUUUCACGACUACCGAGAUCAAAUCGAAAGCGUAUUUUCCGGCUCUAAAGGCAGUAACACAGGCCAGCCAACGUUCCAUCUUCACCAAAGCCCUCUGUUUUGUGUCAAAGUGCUUCAGACGUCAAUGUCAUUUACGGGUCUAAAACCACUGCCAUUCAACGUGUACCACCGGCUGAGACAUCAUGUGACGUCUACAGACGUGAAUAUGGUCAGGCUGACAAGAAACCUAAAUUUGAUUAUCAAGAUCUCCUUCAAGAUUCUGGCGCGUUAUCUUUUGGUGAAGGUCUCUUCAACGCAUCGAUUAUGGGAAACGCAACAGAAGUCCAAGGUUUAAUAAGCAGAAAUCCCGACCUGGUCAAGUAUGAGAACAAGCAAGGACAGACGCCACUGCAUGCAGCUGCCCAUGCAGGUCACAUGGAAACGGUCGUUGCCUUGGUUACCAGUAAAGCCCAACUGGAAAAACAGGACAAAAAGGGGUAUACAGCACUGGCAUCUGCAAUAUUUGGAGAUGAACCAGAAAUUGUGGAGUAUCUUCUAGAAUCUGGAAGUAAGCCAAAUGCAUCGAGCAAGAUGGGAUUUACACCACUUCACAUAGCCGCUAUUGAGGGCCACAAAAAGUGCGUCGAGGUACUACUAAGUAGGCUGACACCUAGUGAUGUCGACUGCAGGGAUGUUAAUGGCAAUACGCCGCUGGUCAUUGCAAUCGCAAAGAAGUACACGCCGAUAAUACAGUUGCUGGUGGAACAUCAGGGCAUAAGCCUCGACCUGAAAGAUGCACAUCAGAGGACACCCUUGCACAUUGCAGCCCUCUGUGGCAACAAGUUGGCGGGUGAGCAUAUUCUAAAAGCCAAUCCCGAGUUAAUCAAUGUGCAAAGCCAGGACGGUUUCACAGCGUUACAUUUAGCUGCUUUCUACGGCCACGCGGACACUGUGCUGACCCUUGUUACGCCGAAAAAUUGUGUCAAGGAUCUCAGAAACAACAGAGGGCACACGGCACUACAUCUUGCUAUCAUCAAUAGGCAUUACGAAUGUGUCAAGACUCUGGUAGGUAAAGGGGCUAACUUGAAUGCCCAGGAUGGCAACGGGAACACCGGUCUCCAUCUUGUUAUGAUGAAAACAUCCAUAUCCAUUGAGAACCUUUUAGAAGCAAAAUUGAAAGGAAAGGCCCAAACAGCGGGUGAUGACAUUCUGCAAGAUAUUUUCCAGUUGCUCGUAGAACACCCUACAGUCGACUUGUCCUUGAAAAACAACAAAGAUCUGAAUUGUUUGCACUACGCAGCUAGUUGGGGGCAUAAAUUUGCAGUAAAGAAGAUUGUAGAGGCCAAGCCCUCGUUGAUGAAUGUGGCCCAGAACGAUGGAUGGACAGCCCUCCACCUUGCUAUCAUGAACGAUCACACUAGUAUCGUAUCCAUCCUUGUUAAACAGGAACUUUGCUCAAAGGAUCUCAAAAAUGCCAAAGGGCACACAGUACUGCAUUUUGCUGUUAUGAGCGAUAAGGGUGACUGUGCCAGGAUUCUGCUUGAGAAUGGUGCCGAUGUAAACGCCCAGGACGACGAUGGUAACACCAGUCUCCACCUUGCUACGAUGACAACAAUCAUAGGCUUCCGCAUAACAAAUGAAGGAAUUUUACAAACAGACAAGGUCAAGGAAUCCGAUGCCACUCGGCAAGACAUGAUUGAACUGCUGGUAAAAGACAGAAAUGCUAACCUGUCAUUGAAAAACAAUCAAGACUUCAGCUGUCUGCAUUAUGCUUCAGGUUCAGGAAAUAUUUACGUGAUGAAUAAGAUACUCGAAGUCGCACCAGGCUUAAUCAACAUGGCAAAAAAUGACGGCUUCGCUCCAUUGCAUCUCGCUGCCCUCAACGGUUGCACGGACGCCGUGGAGACCCUGGUUAAUCAGGGAAAUUGUGUGACAGACCUUAAAAACGUCGAAGGCCAAACGGCACUGCAUCUUGCUACUUCAAAAAAGAACUUUGAGUGUGUGAAGGCUCUGAUAAACGGGGGUGCAAACGUGAACGCCCAAGACAAAGAUGGUGACACCAGCCUCCACUUGGUUAUGGAGAACCUGACAGACAAAGACGUCAAAGAAACAUCAGGCACUGGCACUACAGAUGAGCAGAGAAUUAUCGAGACACUGCUACACCAUGGACAAAUCGACAUUGGAUUGCAAAAUAACAAAGGUUAUAACUGCUUACACUACGCAGCACUCAAUGGGAACAGGUUUGGGGUGGAAAAGAUUUUGGAGGCGAACCCAUCCUUGAUCCGUUCAACAGGAAAUGACGGUCAAACGGCGCUACACAUUGCCGCAAGCAAUGGAUUUGCAGACAUAUUAACAGCUCUUCUACAGAAGGAAAACUGCGGGAAGGACAUCAGAAAUGCGAGUAAGCAGACAGCACUACACCUGGCCGUUGACGAAUGUCACCUCAAGUGCAUUAAAGUUCUGUUGGAAUACGGUGCCGAUGUGAACGCUACAGACAUCCACGAGAGCACCAGCCUUCAUCUCGCCAUUGCAAAAGUUUCCAUGAAGGUUUCCAAACUGUCGAGUACCAAGGACGACGGAGAAGUGGAUUAUCAAUUCCUUGCUACUAUAAAAAAAUACCAGAAAGUCAUCAAGUUGUUGGUAGAACGCCCCACAGUCGACCUGACACUGACAGAUAAGAAAGGCUUCAACUGUUUACAUAGUGCAGCCAUCAAUGGGAACAGUUUUGCCGUGAAGACUAUGUUGGAAGCAAAGCCUAGCUUGAUCAACACUACUUGCACAGCGGACAGAGGGACAGCCCUACACCUCGCUGUUCUAAAUAAUCACACUGAUAUUGUGGCCGCACUCUGCGAACAGGGCUGCAACCUAAAUAUUCCAAACAUAAACGGCCAGACUCCCCUCCAUUUGGCCGCUGACAGUUGUAACACCAAAAGCGUGGAGAUUCUGCUGAACACAGGAGCUAAUGUUAACGCCCAAGACAAGUAUGGAGACACAUGCCUGCAUCUACUCUUGGAGAAAUCCUUCAAAGAAGCCACAGGUUCCACUGCCAAGAAACAGAAAGGCGUUGCAAAAUCAUUACUGGUGAUCCAGAAUCUCAUCCGGAUGCUUUUAAGGCACGGUAACAUUGAUGUGACGUUGAGAGAUAACAACAGGGACAACUGCUUGCAUUUUGCAGCCUUCAGUGGGAAUGAUGAUGCUGUGAAGGAGAUACUAAAAGCCAAGAAGUCAGUGAUCAAUGAUAGAAACGGAUCGUUAGCACCACUACACAUCGCAUCCUUCUACGACCACGCGGAUGUAGUACAAACCCUGGCCAAACAGGGUAACUGCAAUAAAGAUCUCCAGAACAGUAACUCGCAGACAGCACUUCAUAUUGCCAUAGAAAAAAAUCAUUACAAGUGCAUCGAAGCGCUGGUGAACAAUGGUGCCAACGUGAAUGCCAAGGACAAUGGGGGCAACACCAGUCUUCACCUGGUGAUGAUGAAAGAAUCCACGCAAACUAUGCUUAGGUCUGCAUCCAAAGAAGAGCUUUGGGAUGUUGUCAAGAAAAUUGAACAGGAUGGCAGUGGUCAAGACGAAAUGACAAAUCUAGUUGCCUUGAUUACCUCCCUCCUCAAACAUGGAGCCAACAUCCACCUGUUGAACAACAAGGAACAGAAUGUGCCCCACUUUGCCCCAAACUCCAGUGUCCAGUCAUUCUUGGAAGAAUUGUUUGUAAGGUUCACGUCAACUCCCAAACAAGCCGGGACUUAAAAGCAAGAGAGGAGGCGCAGGUGUAUAAGGAAGAGGAUCACACACACCAGUCUUAAGAAUUUUCUUCCUUUCCUUUUAAGAAACUUACAGCCGCUUCAACAAGAAUUCGUUGUUUUGUUAUAAAUCCUAUGUUCAAUUGUCAGUUUUUACUAUGAUGCAAAUUUCAAUGAAUUCCUCUUCUCUGAUGCACGGGGUAAUUAAAAGAAAGACACCCACAGUCAAAUCCACCCUACCUAAAUUUCGGUAACGAUUUGUCUGAAGAAUUGCAGUAUAGUACAUCAUUUUAACUUUUCAGUCAUCGUGACAGAGCAAUGAUAUAUAUGACUGAAACAUGUACUUCGGUGAAGUAUCAUGGUUAUGUAGUCUUUUCUCUGUUUAUUUCAUGUUUAUACUCAAACUCCUGAAAGACAGGCACACAAACAAGGCAGUUUCAUUUUGUGUGUCUGUGUCUCUCGCCACAGCUUCUAUUCUAAUUAACGUUUAACUCUUCAUCUAAUACCACAGAUUUAGGGCACACCGGAUUAAGAAGUCAAGCAAUCUCAACAAAGAUCACUAUAGACUGUACCCAUGACCACCAACAUAUCAACAGUGGUUGUGAUAUCCAAGAUCACAACUCAGAUAUAGUGAUACACAAUGACCACCAAUACACCAACGGGCCGUUGUGUAAUUAGAUUAGAGCAAACAAUCAAAAUGCAACAAAGACCACGUUUUUCAAAUAUUUUUUACUAAUUUGUGUUAAUUUCAUAGGGACAAUGAAGUUAACCAUUACAAAAUAAAUACGUAGGAUUGGAAUUCGUGUGCGUAUACUUAUUUUGUGAACAAGCUGCUCUUCCGUAGAAUUGGAAAAACGGUUGAAAAUAAAUACGUCUACAAUACGCAAAAUCUGUGAUGGACUUUAAAAAAAAAUUGUUCAAUGGUAACUUAAAUCUUCACACUGAUCGUGAAGCUCAUUGCUGUGUACUGAUGUAUUCAAAACACCUGCUUCAAAUUCAUUCCUUUCAUAGUUUCAUUGUAGUACUUUCCUGCACGUAAAAUCUAAUCUAUUUUUCCCUUGAAAGGAAUAGUUUUCUAUAAAAAAGUUACAUUUAUAACGAAUACAAAUUAUAGUUUUGAUCUGAUGUACAUGUAACUCAUUACUUGUAUUGGUCAUUUUGUCGGAUGUGACACAUCCCCACAAUCGUUACAGAGUUAAAUUGUGUGUUGUGAUUUUUACUAAAAUAAGAGCUGAAAUAUUUGUUAAAAACUGUUUAGAGGAAAACAUGCGAAACAGAAACAUCUGUGAGUAUGUGGCGGAAUUUAAAGAAAAGAACAUUAACUGGUAUCGUAAUUUUCAUUUUUGUAGUGAACGAUCUGUAGUUUUGUAGCGUUGCAAACAACUUCAUCAUUCCGUGUUUUGGUACUUUUAACAGCAAGUUUUAGGCAAAAUAUAUUCUAGUUUUUGCAGAGCGUCAUGCCUCCGUGUGUAUGCGGCAUUUGCUUUUAAAAACGUGUUAUGCGUGCAGUCAUGAAAUUUGUACCCAAACUCCAUGUUUGGAAUACCUUGAGCUGUUUUCUUCAUGACAUACUUCUUUCAAGUUUGAAACGCCAGUUAAAAACAUAAGGGUUUGAUCUGGUUUAAAUUGAUGAAAAUUGUAGAUCUUUUCGCAUUACAAAUAUUACUUGUUUUUAUUAUGGAGUAAGGUGUUCUGCAUUUUCUUAAGACUGAUUUAACUUUAAAGAAUGCAAAAUUCGCAGUGACGUUACUUUGACCAUGAUGAUGUACAUAGUGGUACAUUAAGUUCAUAAUCAUUGCUUAGGGCAAUAUUUAGGAGUGUACUGGUGAAUCUUAGCGGGUUGGGGGACUGAUCGUACCCUUUUCAAAAAGAGACAAUUCUUAACAUAUGAGAUAAUUAAUGAAGAUUUUUCGACUGGUUCAGAAAAAGAGCUCCAAAUUACGUCUCAGCCAUUUAAUAAUGUGAAUUUCCAAGACCAAACGGACUCCCUUUGUGAGGAGAGAGCUUGGUUGAAGACAUCUAUGUUGUUUACUGAAAAGAGAAAGAAAUUGAUGCAUUUGACACCUUUAGUAUACUCCAAAUUUGGUGGUGGGAAUUUAAGGAUUGUACAAUUAUUAUAAUGAGUGUGUCAUGGUUUUGAAGUGCUAAAACAUAUACUUCGCGUAAAUUCAUUCCACUUCAUGUAAAACUCAAGUUUAUCUGAAUGUGUACAAAGUUCAGAUAGCUUAAAAAACUUAAUACGACAGUUGAGGUUUUAGUUAAAAAUGUUAAAUUGCUAGUUUUCUCAGGAUUGAGGUAAAAACACAAUGACAUUACUAAAGUUUUGUACUUAAAAAAUAGAAUAGACAAUGAUCUGUGACAGUGCCUUGCAAUGCAGUCUUCCUUGGGUGAAAGAGGUACAUAAGGUGUCAACAGUUACUGGGGUUGGGUUUUAAUACGCUGCAGCAAUGUUUAAAAAGAAUUUAAAAGCAAUAGCAAAAGACUGUGAGGCCAAAUAAGGCCCAUAAAAACUCCGGUUUCUGAUUAGCGUGCGCGUCGCCAUGCACUGCUCGUCGGCAAAAUAUAAUUUUUUUUUUAAUAUUUGUAUACGGUGUCCUGAAGCUCCGAAACUUGCUUGAUCGAUUGGAAUCCUGCUACUGCUUAAUCAUACAGUAAAGGAAUCCGUCUUGGCCCUUCAAUUAUUUAGUCGGGCACACCUUUUCAGAUGACGUCAUUUCUGAAUUACACAUUUACAUCUGGGAGCCAGACGAACGAGGUGGUCUUAUGUCCUGUGUACAUCUGCCAGCUGGAAACAAUUUCAAACAGUAACAGUAAGGGGCCAGUCUGUUUCGAGGUCGGUAGCUUUUCUAGGAACGAAAGGGAGGGCAAAGAAAAAGCCUCGCUGUCUCACCACUUUUGGAGCCAUCCCCAGAUCAGAAACCGGAGACUUUUUCAGGUCUAAUAGUCGGAUCGUAUCGGACUUCGUCGUAUCACGAGGAUGAUGAUUAACCCUAACAGUCCCAAAUCCUCCAAUUUUCGUAGGAUUUUACAUACACCCUUGGGAGUUAGGGUUAAUCUAAUCCGAUAAAAGGUCAGACUUGUAUCAAACAUACGCAUUUGUAUUACACGGUAGUAGUAGUAGUACUGUUAUGCGGUAAUUUCUUACUCAUAGUGAAUAAAAUAAUUUUUAUGCUUUCCUGAA